AUGUUUGGCCCUAAAGAACACUGUAUCCCCCGUCAUCUCGCCGAAACUGACCAAGAAACUCAAUCACAACGAAUUUCCAACAUGAUUUCAAGCCAUUUAUCCCUCUCAACUCAGAAUCUAUCAAAUGUUGGCCAAGCCGUUGGUCAGCGAACCAAGCAAGUUUCAAAGGUCGCCGCAAAGAAAACAAAAGAAGCCUCAAAAGUGGUGAAGCACUACGCAAAGGCUGGCUGGAAAGUUGGCAAGACAGAGGCUCUCCAAGCUGCUUCUGACAUAAGAACUGCCGCGACUGAAGUUGGGAACAAUGUGAGAGAGCAUUUGAGCUCCAGAUCAUCUUCUAGCGAUGAAAGCCAAAGAAGAUCGAAUAGACGAUCCAUGCCUGUUAUGAUGGUUAACGCAGUGCCUGUGUCAGAACAUCCAGCGUUUUCUGAAGGGCACAAACUCGCCAAUGUCCCAGGCAUGCAUCCACCAUCAUACGAACAAGCCCUCAAAGAUCCGAAAGAGCCCCCUUCUUAUGCUCGUCCACCGCCUUCAGAUGCUUCUGGCCCGUAUGGAAUUGUAGAGAGAAUUCCUUAUCCCGACUUUGACUCGAGCAUUUACGACAUUGGUGGAGUAAUGGAAGAAUCUGGGCCUCCACCAGAAGUUCCGAAGCGCAAGCAAAAAAAUGCGAAACGCGCCAAAUCUAUCAAAGAAAACAUUCCAAUCGACGAUGAUAUUAAGCGUCUGAGCUUGACAAGUUGCUCUGAUCACACUGAUCCGGGCAUAGUGUCGACUAGCAAGUUGAUAUCUUCCUCAAAAAAGUUAGAUGAUCAAUUUGUUGAAAUAUCGAUGCCAUCGAUGCUGACUAGUGCCUUUUCCAAUGAAAACACAGCGUCCAGUUGCAAUGAGUUGAAUUCAAAGACCUCCUCAUUUGAUGAGAGCUUCAUCAAAGCUGUUAACAGCAGCCGUUCUUUACCUCCAAGGCCGGAUUUAGAUGCUCCGCAAGUUGAUUCUCCCCUGCCGCCGCCAAGACCAUCACUAAUGAAGGAACACUUUCCUGUGAGAAAAGUCCUGCAAGCUCAAGAGCCAAAUUUCUGCACCCAGCGUUGUACGGAAGUAGAAUUUCCAAGAAUAAUGGACAACAGCAUGGAAAUCAAGAUCGAGUACGAUUCUGAGCUCCAAGAAGACUCCGCCGCCGAAUAUAUCGACAACUUGCUCCUAUCGGAAGAUGACGAGAAAGAUGAUUUUAUUACCUCCAGAGAAGCUAGAAAGUCUGUAAAAUCAUUAGAAGAUGAAUUUCUUAGAACAUACAAAUUUCCAAGUCUUUAUCGGGUUGUGGAGAAUUUCGACUUUGGCGGAGAUGAUUACUUGAAGCUCUAUAAAGGCAACUUUAUCAUUGUGAAAUCAAUAUCAGAAGAGCACUCAAUUAAUGGUCAAAUCUUCUUCAAUGGAGAAAAUUCAAAUACGAGAGAAAGCGGCGUGUUCCCUUCUGAAUUCGUGAAAAAGGUCAAAAUUCGAGCAUCUACGAGUGAUUCCGAAGCUGCCGACUGGAUAUAA